GCAACCCGCUGUGUUGACAUCUCCCGGCGCCAGCCCGGGGCGGCGAAUAAGGGCCCCGGGAGAGCAUCGUUCGUGGUUCUGCCUUGGUGGGAGCUCGCCCCCCGCGGGCACCAUGCGCAAGCUGGGCCUGCAGCGGGACCUGGCCGAGGCGGCUGCGCUGGAGCAGAGGCGGCAGCACGAGCUGCACAGGCAGAGCCGCAUCUUCAACGCCCGAGUCAGGACCAUCGGGGUUGAUAAGGAUGCUUUGGAUACUCAAAUCAAUGAUAAGAAGAUUCGAGAGGCAAAUGAGAAAGCACGACAUGAUACAAUUGCUGGUGAAAUGAAGCAAAAUGACAAGAUCAUCUGUAUGUUAGAAGAACGGCAGAAACAGGACAUCAAAAACCUAAACAAAGCUCUCACUGAGUUUCAACAGAAUUUUCAGAAGCCAGAAACUCGGCGUGAGUUUGAUUUGUCUGACCCGCAGUCCCUGAAGAAGGAUACUCCUGCUCGCCUCUCUGACAGUGACCCUCGAUGUACUGUAUCUGGCUUGCAGAAGCUUCUAGGAGAAGAUUUAAACCAUGAUCAGAGGGUGAAAUUUCAAAAGGAGCAGUCAAGAGAAUGGUCUCUACAGCAACAGAGAGACUGGAAGAAUGCAUUAGCAGACCAGAAAUUUGCAGAGGAUCUCCAUGACAAGAACAGGAUAGACCUAGAUCAAAAGGCUAUGGAACUACAAAGAAAAGAAGUAGAAACCAGACAAGCUGUUUGUGCAGCUACCAAGGAUUUUAAUAGAACCCAGGCUGCAGAAUUUACAGAAAGAAAAAUGCUAGAAAAGCGUCAGGAAGAAGAAGAUAAUGUGGCUGAAAUUUCUAACAUCCUUCGAGGAGACUUGCUUUCUGAAAACCCAGAACAAGCAGCCAGUUCUUUUGGGCGACAUCGUGUGAUUACUGAUCGAUGGAAAGGAAUGAACCAGGAUCAGCUGAUGGCAAUACGUUACACUCAACAGCAACAAGUUCUGGAGAAACUGAGGCUGCAGGAGGAAGAACGGCAAAGAAAUGCAGAGUGGGACAGGCAACAUAUACAGGCUGCCAGAGCACAACUUCUUUUUGAGCGGCAUCAACAGCGACUAAAUCGAGAACUUCGCAGAACUCUGGAUAAUACUAAUGCACAACUCUCCCAGGAGCAGAAAUCAAAAAAAAUUUAUCUUCAGGAGGAAGUGUAUUCAAAUUUUCCAACAGGCCAAUAUUUCACACAGUUUAAUACAACUAGCCGGUGACAUAUGAGGCAUAUCCACUCUCUGAAAUAUAAAUGUAUGUAAGGUUUAUAGAAAUAUUAAAGUUUAAUGAAGUUUCACUGCUUCUCUAUGUUUUUCCCCAGAUUUCCAAUUAAGAUAGUUGUGCAUUAAAACAAAUCCAUAUUUUCCUUAUGGCAUAUACUUGUAAGUCAUAAGCCUGAUGAUUGGUAUUCCUUGUAAUUAAUGAUAAAUAUAGAGAUUGCUGCUGAUUUACGUUUUUGGUUUGGGGGAUAUUUUAUAAUUAACAUUUCUCAGAAGGAAAAGGAAAAUAACCGCAAAUAACACUGAAAAUGAUUGUUUGAGUGCUAAUUUAGCGAAGUUAUUGGACCAAAUCAAUUCCUGGUAUGAUUCCAUCCCAAUGAAGAAUUAGGCCCAUUGUGGGAUAUAUUUUUUUUAAUUUGUAUUUCAGAUUCUUUCACUACUCAUUUUUACUGCAUUGAAGUUCAUAUUUUGACUGAAACCUUCCUUUUACAGGUUACAGAAAUAUUGAGAUUACAGCAUGAUUAUCAGAUAACUUAAAGUAUAACAAAACCUGAUCUUCAUAUGCUUUUCAGAGACCAUACUCUAUUUUAAAGUGCAGGAAAAAGUAUGGGAAGAGUAACUGCUAUUGGUGAGAGCGAAGAAAAUGAAAUAUUUCCGAAUAUUUAUCCAUAAUUUAUAUAUAUAUAAAUAAAUAGAAUUGAAUUAAUUUUAUUAGUACUCCCAGUUAAAGUUAUGUGCAGUCACUAUAUCCAUUGUUAGUUUUUCAACAAUAAAACACUGCUCAGCCAUUGAGGUGACAGGCCAAUAGUGAGGAGAGCUGUCUAUUAUUUUCAACCUUGCAAACAUUUUUAAUGUUCAUAACAAACACUACAAAUCACCUUCAAAAAGUUGUACUUUAUUAUAAUUUCACUCACAUUAGUGUCUUUAAUGUCCCUUCAGCCAAGAUUCUUGUAACCAAAGAGGAGUUUAGAUCCAUAGAUGAAUACAGAUAGGCGAGUAAAGAUGGUGAAGAAGAGCAUGAAUGUGCCCAAUAGAAUAUACACCUCUACUCUGCUAUAACGUGACCUGAUAUAACACGGGUUCACAUAUAACGCGGUAGCAGCGUGGCUCUGGUGGUGCUUUAAAGGGUCCGGGGCUCCGGCUGCUGCGGGGAGCCCCCAGACCCGUUAAAUCCCGCUGGAGCCCUCAGCAGCUGGAGCCCGGAACUCUUUAAAUCACCGCCGGAGCCCUGCCGCCCCUACCCCGAUAUAAUGGGGUUUCAGCUAUAACACGGUAGGGAUUUUUGGCUCCCCACGACCGCAUUAGAGCAGGGUAGAAGUGUACAUGCAAAUUAAGACAAUACUGUCUCAUGAUGGUGUUAGUGCUUAUUAUGGAGGUAAUGUGGAAAUGAGAGAAAUACCUUCACUCUAACACAAAAAGAAAAAAACAAUGCAAUUGUUAAUUAGUCAAUACAAAAAUUCUCACUAAAUUCAAUGGGUUUUGGAUCAGACCUUAGACCUUUAAUCUCUACAUACAGUUUUUGUACUGACUAGUUGUUUCUGUUUUUGGGGUUUUUUUUUUUUACCAAAAUAGUUAAAUCGGUACAAUCUUUACUAUGAAUGUAGUAAUACCAGUAUAAAGAUUCCUGAUACCAGCAUAGUUUAUUUCCUUUAAUGUACAAGAUUUAAGCUGAAUUGGUAUCCACAUUAGGCAGUUGUACUGUUUUAACUACGCCAGUUUCAAGCCAAUUAAGUGGUACAAAAAUUGUAUAUAGACCACCCUUUUCAAUUACCAGCUUGUCCUCUAUAAUACCUUCUGCAAAUUGGCGAGGUAUAAAUUACGUUCCCUUUCAUGUGAAUAUGAGUUGGCUAACAACAUAUAUGAAAAUAUAUACAAAGGUGUGAUCUGUUGCUCUAUAUGUCUAAGUACUUAUGUGCUUCAUCUCUGUAUUUCCAUUCCAUGGACCUCUGAGCAUCUAAUGAUGUCUUGAAAAUCACAUAUAUUUGAGCUCCUUCCCUGCUUGUCCACUCUCAGAACAGUAGGGGUCAUAUUUUCUUGUUUUCAUAACAAGCAUUUUAGCCUGAGAUGCUUUUUAGAAGAUGUUUGGCACUUCAGUGAUUAGCAUUAGGCAUGGGAAUCCAAAAAGAUCAUGAAAUUAAGCAUAUUUCUGCAAUUGCCAUUUCACUAGUUAGAUGAAAGGGUCAAAAUGUGAAGUGAGAAGAGAUACCUGUAAUGAUAUCAUUUUAUCCUUGAAAGUUACAAAAUUUAAAGGAGUUGUUUAGUGUCUCAAUUUCAUCAGAACUAAUUGUAACUUCAAGGAAAUAAAAGCCUGCUGUUGGUUUGUUCCUUUAAAGGGACAUGUAACUGAGUCAUUAAGUUCUGAAUGUGUAAUGCUAAAUUUUAAACAUAUAGAACCUGAUCCAAACCAUAGUAGGCAAUGUUCACCAUAUAGUCUCAUUCACCAUAAUACUUUGAAAUGGAACUGCAACCAAAUAUAACUUGAAAAUAUAUUAUAAAAGAUUUUGCUCACAUUAAUCAUGUGAGUAGUUCCAUUAACAUCAGUAGUACUCAUGUGAAUACCAGAAGGAGGUUUAAAGUGUAGCUCCAACCAAAUGAAAAUAUGAACUGAGAAGCAUGGCAAAUUAUCACUGAAAAUACCAUGUGAGUCCAAUGGGAACAAAUGGGCCUAACAUAACAUUGUCAUAGAAUUAUGGGGCCUGAUUUUGAUCUCACCAAUUUUACGGUGGUGCAACUCCACUGACUAAAGUGGAAUGACCCUUGAUUUGAACUGAUCAGAAUAUGGUCCAUUAUGUCUGUGCAUCAAUAAAUCCAAUAUUCGAUUGGGUCAUAGAGUUUAAGGCCAGAAGGGACCACCAGAUCAUUUUAUUAUGUCAUCAGUAGUUAGAUGCUGUGCAAAUAGAGAACUGCCUGGUGAAACACAAAAGUCUGAUUGAUAAUGCCAAAACCCAUUCUCUGGUAAAUUCAGCAGAUUUGAAUGUACUAAAUUAAUAAAUUGAUGUGUGGUACAGGAGAUACUUCUAGAUAAGUAACAAAAAUUCAAUUGUGGUUAUUCAUGAUUAGCUCUCCAAAUUAGUGCUUAAAUAUUACUGUAUUUCAGUGGUGCCCACACUUUUCCUGUUAUGUCCCCAGUCAUAAACAGAUAGUUAAGGGUUAAUGUCUCUUAUACCUUUAAAGGGUUAAGAAGCUCAGUAAACCUGGUU